AUGUCGGCAGCGAGUAAAGUAGUGCUGCGCGUGCGGGCCUAUGGACAGCGAGGCAUAGAGUUCGCGCUGUCUGGGCCUAAAUCCUACGAGAAGAGAGGGUCGUUUACGUGGUGGUCGACCACCAUAUUGUUCAUUAGCUCUGGUGUCGUGUUAUCGACUGUUGAAUGGGGUGUAUCAUCCUCGUAUCGAGUGCUAUCGGGGUUACUGCUGGCUGCAUUGGCUGCGUUCAUCUUCCAAGUUACGGGCAAGGUUAUAGUCGAAGAAUCGAUGCUGGUGGUACCAGCACUUGGAGUGAAAUUGAGCAAGAGGCGACGCAAUGGAGUAGUGAGCAGCAAGUUUGUGUAUCUAGACCAGAUUUGCGGCGUGGCGGUGAAUGAGGCGAUCACGUUCUCCAAUGUUGUGUACUCGCUCGUGCUCAUGAUAGAAACACAGAGCGACAUGGUAUUGCCAUUCGAGGCAUUUCGGCCACGAGUGUCAGUAUUGCAGGAGAUCUACCAGGAGACGAAGACGUUGCUCUUCCCCAAUGGCAGCGACAGGAAGAUGCACCUUCCUCACGGCGUAGCGCCCCCGCCGUGCUGA